AAGACUGCGGCUUCGGAUCGAGUAUCGCGAGCUCACAUUUCCACUGUAGCCUAAAAAGUUCCGGAUGUAUUUGUUGCCAAUGACUAUGAAAACCUUUAUUUGAAGACUUGUUUCCUUCGGGUCUCUUUCUCGACAUUCGUCUGUGUAAUCUUUUAUUAUGGUAACGGUUGUCUUCUUAACUUUCUAGAGUUAGACUCUUAUAACAAAAGGAUAUUUGUUAUAAGAGUAUCAAAUUAUGCGAGUGACGACAUUCACGUGUUUGGUCUUAGACUUCCGAUUCUCCUUCUUCCGACACUCUACCGAAAACUUGAAAACACGGGUAGGAUCUCUCGAAGCCCUUUACCUAGCUAAAAGGGGUCAUCACGUGCGGCUGUAUGAAUACCGAGAAGAUAUCAGAAAGACCCCUCAAGCACGAGGCAGGUCAAUCAACUUAGCGUUGUCAGUACGAGGCCGACGAGCCCUGAAGGACGUGGGCUUGGAGCAGCAUAUAGUUGAACAGCAUGGAAUUCCCAUGAGGGCUAGGAAAAUUCAUCGGCUGGACGGCUCCACCUAUGAUAUACCAUACGAUGCUAGAACUAAACAGUGCAUUUUGUCAGUUGGCCGAAAUUAUUUAAACAGCGCUUUACUCAAAGAAUCUGAAAAUUACGAAAAUGUAGAAAAAUUCUUCAACCACAAGUUGGUAGACACCAAUUUGAAGAAAGGGACUUUACAAUUUUAUAAGACUGACACCAAAGAAACGGUGGAAGUGCAGGCGGAUCUGAUCAUCGGCGCUGACGGGGCCUUCUCCGCCGUGAGGAAGGCCAUGGUGAAGGAACCCCUGUUCGACUACAGUCAGAGCUACAUUGAACACGGAUAUAUGGAGCUUUGUAUACCCGCUGAUGAUAAUGGUUCGUUUCAGAUGCCGGCAAAUUAUCUACACAUUUGGCCCAGAGGCAACUUCAUGAUGAUCGCCUUACCCAAUCAGGAUUGCUCGUGGACCGUGACUCUGUUCAUGCCGUUCAGCUACUUCAAGAGUCUGGAUACAGAAGUCAGGCUGAUAGAAUUCUUUGAGCAGUAUUUCCCUGAUUCUAUACCGUUGAUCGGAAGGAAGAAGUUGUUAGAGGAUUUCUUCGCUGGAUCACCGUCACCUUUGGUUUCUAUUAAGUGCCGACCGUACCACAUCGGCGACAAAGCUUUAAUCAUAGGUGAUGCAGCCCACGCCGUAGUGCCAUUCUAUGGACAAGGCAUGAACGCGGGCUUCGAAGACUGCACCCUCUUGGACAGGAUCCUUCAGAAGUACGACGACGACGUGCCCAGGGCCCUGGAGGAGUAUUCCAGGACGCGGUGGGUGGACACCUUCGCUGUUAGCGACCUGGCUGUGUAUAAUUAUAUUGAGAUGCGAGACCUCGUGACCCGACCUUCCUACCGCCUCCGGAAGGCGCUAGAUGACUUCAUAUUCUGGCUUCUGCCUGACGUCUGGGUGCCGCUGUAUAAUUCUGUAACUUUCUCCACGAUGCCGUACAGCCAAUGCGUCAAGAAUAGACAAUGGCAGAACAAGGUUCUUAUGUCUACUUUCAUUGUUUUGGGAGGAUUAUUAACUGUAGUAAGUACAUAUGCUCUUACUCGUUAGAAUCUUAUCUACUCCUGACUAAAUCAGUAUUCGAUGUUAAAAUAUUGUAGGUACAUACCUAUAAGGUACAUUGGAUGUUCCCAAUAUUUUGUGUGAGCAAGGUCUAUAAUCAUUGUUUAAAACGUUGUUUUAAUAAAAUUGUUAUAUUUUAUAAA